AUGAAUGAUUUAAAUAAUGAAAAUAAAGAUAUAUUAAUAGAUACUAUUAAUAAUAAUAAUAAUGAAAAUAAUAUAGAUUCAAAGUUGUUGGAAGUUGAAAAUAAUACAGUAACAACAAUUGAUAGUAAAUUUAAAAAUAGUUCAACAAUAGAAGUGUAUUCGAGUGUAGAUGAAGUGUUAUUUGUACCACAGAAUGCAUUUAAAAAAGAUAACCCAGCAACAAAGAAAGCAGGUUCCAUCUUUGAAGUGAGCAAAGACGAUGUUUGGAAAGAUGAAGCUGUAGAGUUCCCAUCGGAAUUGCCUUCAAGCAUAUCAUGUACACCUUUCUUAAAAGCAUUUUUAUCUUGUUAUUCACCUUCUGGAAUGAUUAGAAAUUUAUAUAGAUUCGGUGAAUUCAAAUGUGAUGUUGAAGCAGAAAACUUUAGAGAUUGUACAAACCUUUCGAUUACAUCGUCGUCAAAGAGACAGGCAGAGCUCGACAAGAUAUUGACACGUAGAAAACAGGCGAGUGAAGAAACAAUCAAGAAUCAUGUUUGGAAAGAGAGAACAGAGCCUCUGGAAAACGAUUAUUUCGGAUACAAUAUAGAUCUUGUCAAUUUCAUAGCAAAGAGUAGAGAUUCGAAAUAUAUAGAAACUUUGAGAACCAAUAAUGCUAAAGAUUCGAGUUGA